GCUCCGCCCCCCGCCGCCAUUUGGCCGCGCCGCGCUGUGAUUGGCCGGGCGCCGCGCGCGGGGCCGGAGGGCGGGCGGUGAUUGGCCGGAGGGCGGGCUCCGCCCCUUUCUCCUCAGGCCGGCGCCGGCCGCUCCCUCAGCGCGGGCGAGGAUGGCGGCGCUGCCCCCCCGGGAGUUCGCGGCGCAGGUGCUGCCCGGCUGCGUGGUGCCCACGGCGCGCCAGGGCCUGGCCCAGCUCUGGCCCCUGCUGCUGCUCUGCCUGGGGGCGCGCCUGCUGCACCGCCUGCCCCUGCCGCGGGGGGGCAAGCACGCGGGGGCGGCGGCGGGGGGGCUGCUGGCCCUGCACCACUUCUUCGGGGCGCAGGCGCUGUGGGUGGCGCUGCUCAGCGCCCUCUGCGCCCUCACCCUGCUGCUCAGCCGCGCCCGCGCCCCCCGGGGGCUCUGCCUGGCGCUGGCCGCCCUCAGCUACAUCCUCAUGGGGUGAGGGGGGGCGGGGGGGGG